UAGUGUGGAUAUAAACUCAAACUCAUGUGAGCACACGCUGAAACUGUCUCACUCCAACCACUUUGCAGGUACUCAGUGAGAGGGAAACUCUUCUUCCAAGUAUUUUCUGACAAAACAUCCAAUACUAAAGCAAAAUGCGUGAGUGUAUUUCUGUCCACGUGGGUCAGGCUGGUGUCCAGAUGGGUAACACCUGCUGGGAGCUUUACUGUCUGGAGCACGGGAUCCAGCCCGAUGGUCAGAUGCCCUCCAACAAACCCGUGGGUGGCCACGAUGACUCAUUCACCACCUUCUUCAGCGACACCGGAGCUGGAAAAUAUGUUCCACGUGCCAUUUUCGUAGACCUGGAGCCUACAGUCAUUGAUGAGGUGCGCACGGGUACCUACCGUCAGCUGUUCCAUCCCGAGCAACUCAUUUCAGGCAAAGAGGACGCGGCAAAUAACUACGCCCGUGGACACUACACCAUCGGCAAAGAAAUCAUCGACUCCGUCCUGGACCGCAUACGCAAACUGGCCGACCAAUGCACCGGACUGCAAGGAUUCCUGGUCUUCCACAGUUUCGGUGGCGGCACCGGGUCUGGUUUCACCUCCCUUCUGAUGGAGCGCCUCUCUGUUGACUUCGGAAAGAAGUCCAAGCUGGAGUUCGCCAUCUACCCCGCUCCUCAGGUGUCCACAGCUGUGGUGGAGCCGUACAACGCCAUCCUGACCACCCACACCACCCUGGAGCAUUCCGACUGUGCCUUCAUGGUGGACAACGAAGCCAUCUACGACAUCUGCAGGAGGAACCUGGACAUCGAGCGUCCGUCCUACACCAACCUCAACAGGCUCAUCAGCCAGAUCGUCUCCUCCAUCACCGCCUCUCUACGCUUCGACGGCGCCUUGAACGUCGACCUGACGGAGUUCCAGACCAACCUGGUGCCCUAUCCCCGAAUCCACUUCCCCCUGGCCACGUACGCUCCGGUGAUCUCCGUCGAGAAGGCCUACCACGAGCAGCUCUCCGUCGCCGAGAUCACCAACUCGUGCUUCGAGCCUAGCAACCAGAUGGUGAAGUGCGACCCCCGCCACGGAAAAUAUAUGGCCUGCUGUCUGCUCUACAGAGGAGAUGUGGUUCCGAAAGAUGUCAACGUGGCCAUCGCUGCCAUCAAGACCAAAAGAAGCAUCCAGUUCGUAGACUGGUGCCCCACUGGGUUCAAGGUGGGCAUCAACUAUCAGCCCCCGACUGUGGUUCCCGGUGGAGAUCUGGCCAAAGUGCAGAGAGCCGUGUGCAUGCUUAGCAACACCACGGCCAUCGCUGAGGCCUGGGCUCGUCUGGAUCAUAAAUUUGACCUGAUGUACGCCAAGAGAGCCUUCGUCCACUGGUAUGUUGGUGAGGGAAUGGAAGAGGGCGAGUUCUCCGAGGCCAGAGAAGACAUGGCCGCUCUGGAGAAGGACUACGAGGAAGUGGGCAUCGAUUCUUUUGAAGAAGACGAGGAAGGUGAAGAAUAUUAAAAGGGGAAAGUGUUAUUUUUCUACCAGAUUUGGACAGAGAACGAGUAAAAUAAAAUCAAAUAAAGAUUCUAAUUGUUUUCACUGUG